UUCCAGAUUCCUUCUGCGCAUGUGCCUCCCCGCCCACCCCCGCCAUCUUCCUCCGGGAAAUUCCAGAUGCUCGGCUCUGUCCAGGGUGUUCUGCAGGCGGUGGCGUUGGACUCCGUCCCUGAAGGUAUAACUCUAUAGAGUCCUCUACCUGUUUGCAAGAACAAGGAAAACAAUGGAUACAUCACCAGCAUUUGUGUCAUUUGAGGAUGUGGCUGUGUCCUUCACCUGGGAGGAGUGGCAGGAGCUGGACAAUGCUCAGAGGGCUCUGUACAAGGAUGUGAUGCUGGAGACCUACAACAGCCUGAUGCUGGAGACCUACAACAGCUUAGGGUGCUGCAUUUCCAAACCAGAGGUCAUCUUCAAGUUGGAACAAGGAGCAGAGCCAUGGGUUAUGGAAGAACCCCUAACCCAGAGUCUGCCAGUUGUCCAGCAAAUAGAUGACCAGAUUGGGACAAGCCAGGAAAUUCAAGACAUGAUUCUGUGGCAAGUUCUAGUCGCAAACAGCAGCAGAUCAACCAAGGAGAGGGUUGAAUUAGGAGAAACACUUAAUUUAAAUUCCAGUCAUAUGUCCAAACUGAUAAUGAAGGAUGGAAAUUAUGCAGGAAUAGGGCCCGAGGAAUAUAAUGAUUGUCAGAGCACGCUUCUCCUUAGUAAGCCUGAUGGUGUGUGUGCUGGGGAGAAAUCCGAUAUCCCUAUUGUACCUUGGAAGUCCCUCAGUUACUGUGAGUAUCCUAGUCAGCAUCAGAACAUUCAGACAUUCCCAGAUAUUUUUGAACACGAUGUGCAAAGGAACACCUUUGACAGGGAGGCAAUGUUUUUCACACAUAAACCAGAUCUCAUGGUACAUCAGAGGACACAUACAGGAAAAAGUACCUGUGCAUGUAGUGAUUGUGAGAAAUCUUUUAGCUGUGAAUCAAACUUUACUGUCCAGGAGAGAAUCCACACAGGGACAAAGUCCUAUUGGUGUAAUGAAUGUGGGAAAACAUUUUGCCGAAAGUCAAACCUCCACCGUCAUCAGAGAACUCACACAGGGGAGAAAAACAAUGAAUGCAAUAAAUGUGGAAGAAGCUUUUACCAGAAGUCAGACCUUAUCAUACAUCAGAGAAUUCACACAGGGGAAAAGCCCUAUGAAUGUAAUGACUGUGGGAAAACCUUUUGCCGGAAGUCCAGCCUCAGGACACAUCAAAGACUUCAUACAGGUGAGAAAUUGUAUGAAUGUGAAGAAUGUGGGAAAACUUUCUUCUACAAGUCAUCUCUCUCUCAACAUCAGAGAACUCUGUAUCAAUGUAAAAAGUGUGAGAAAGCAUUCUACCACUGGUCUCUAUUCUGUAGGCAUCAGCAAACUCACACAGGGGGGAAACCCUAUAAAUGUAAUGAAUGUGGAAAAACUUUCUGCAGGAAGGCAAACCUCAGCAUGCACCAGCAGACUCACACUGGGGAAAAGCCAUACCAGUGCAAUGAAUGUGGGAAAACAUUCUUCAGGAAAACAAGCCUCAGCAGACAUCAGCAAACUCACACAGGGGAGAAGCCCUAUGAAUGUAAUGCAUGUGGAAAGGCCUUUUAUCUAAAGUCAAAUCUCCUUAUCCAUCACAGAACUCACACAGAGGGGAAAGCUUAUCCGUGUAAUGAAUGUGGGAAAUCCUUUUACCAGAAGUCAUACCUGAUUAUACACCAGAGAAGUCACACAGGGGAAAAACCGUAUGGGUGUAAUGAAUGUGGAAAAGCCUUUUCUCGGAAGUCAGGUCUCGUCAGGCAUGAGAAAAUUCAAACAGUGGGGAAAUCCUAUGAGUGCAAUGAGUGUGCCAAAACCUUUUGCCACAAGUCAAAUCUCAGGAUACAUCAAAGAAUUCAUGCAGGUAAGAAAUAUAUGAAUGUAAAGAAUGUGGAAAAGGGUUUUGCCAGAAGUCCCAUCUCAACAAGCAUCAGAAUCUUCAUAGGAAUGGGGCAGAUGUUGUGACACAGGAUGUUAAGCUGCCGCUUGGAAUGCCUGCAUCCCAUAUCAAUGAACUAGUUGAAGUCCCAGAUAGCCCACUUAUAAUCCAGCUCCCUCCUGCUGCACAUGGGGAGGCAGCAGAGGAUGUCCCAAUUACUUGG